AUGGCGACGGCUCUGUCUGCGCAGCUGGCGCAAAUCGCCGCCGCCUCCAAGACGACUCUGAACGUCAAGGCGCAGAAGGCCGCACAUUCCAAGUCGCUCAUUUUCGAACCUCGAGUGGCCGCCGCCCAGAACUAUCAGACACUCUUCACCAUCUGCCGCGAAGGCUUCGACGAGCUUUGCCAGCUCGAUCCCCGCUACGUGGCUUUUGGCAACUCCAUCUUCAGCCCCCAGAGCCAAGAUGAGGAUCGCACACAAAUGACGGCGGCCGAGAAUGCCGUGCUCGACAAGCGGAUAGACGAGUUUCUGCGACUUGUCGGAUCACGUCUCCGACUGAUGCCUGCGAUCAAGGCUCUCGAGUGGCUUGUUCGACGGUUCCGGAUACACGAGUACAACACCUCGACUCUGAUUUCGACCUUCCUCCCAUUCCACACUAUUCCGGCAUUCAAGACGCUGCUCUCGAUUCUGCCAGAAAACCUUCCGCAAGUCUACAAAUUCCUUGCCCCGUACGCGAAGUCUUCUACAGACACCCCGAGGUCGGUUCUCGUGCACAGAGCUGUGCACCACUCCGACUUUUUGGCUGCCGUCUCCUCGUACACGAUCGAAACCUGCAGAGCUCAACAACAACAUCCCGCUCUCAUCUCGUUCUGGGGCGGUCUUAUGGUUGAAGCCGUUAAUGGCAAACUGGACAGACUACGAUCAGGCAGGCGCGCGAUCCAGGCGGACAACGAUCAAUCACUGCUGCACGAGCUUGGUCCUACUAUCAGCGAGGCUCUUGUCAUGAGCAAGGUUCCCGAUCUACAGAUUGCAUGCUACAUGGUCCUUGCGGUGUUCGUGGCCAAGGGCGACCUGCAGGACGCUGCAAUCAGCGCCUUGAUGGAGCAGCUUGUAUCGGGAUGGAGCACGGACUCUCUGCGCCCGGGGCUCGUCUGUUUGUCUAUCCUCGCCCAGUACCGAUCUGCCAAGCAGCUUUCUGGGAGAGUCACAAAAGCUCUUCUGAAGGUCCACGGUCUCUCUGACCUGCUCGCUGAAAUCAGUACUGAGCAUGAGAUUGGCAAGCUAUCGAACGGCUUGAGCCUGGCUCUGAUAGACAGGCUUUCCAAGAAGGGCGACUUCAGAGGACUUCCCAUCAUCGAGUCUCUCCUGACGAAACAUAUCCUACAUGAACAACAGGCUGUCGUAGCCUUUAAGUCGUUGCUUCUCGCUGCGCACAGGGUAGACGACAGGGUGGAUGAGGGGGGUGAAUUGAGGAAAGCGCUUGCAACCACAAUUGUUCGCCUGUCGCAGGUCGAUCUUGACCAGGGCUUGUUCUCAAAGGUGAUUGCCGACACGGAUGUCGACAUCGAUGCGUUGGAGAUGAGACUCGACACUCAAAUUCGUCCCAGGGCGAUCCUGGCUGCCAAGAACGACAACGAGACGAUGGAUAUGGGUACGGACGCCCCAGAGACGAGCGAGGAUUUCUCAUCCGCCAUCGAGCGGGUUGGUACUCUCUCGAACACAGGAGGGUCUUGCCUGAAACCAUCACCUUCAGACGUCUUCCUCGAUCUGUGCUCCGUCUACCUAUCUUCUUUGUCGCAAGAGGGCUCCAGCCCAAUUUUCGUCCAGUUGGGUGCGCUCAAGAGAAACCAGGCCGUCGAAGAUAGCUUCUAUCUCACUUUUUUCAUGAGGAUUUGGUCUGGGCCUUAUCCGACGCUUGCCAGAGUUGGUGCCUUGGAUCUUGUCAAGGCCCGCCUCAAGGAGAGCGACUGUCAGAGUGUGGAUUUCCAGGCCGUCAUUCCGCACUGCAUUUCAGCGCUCAACGACCCGUCCAAGAAGGUACGCCGUGCCGCUGCCGAGCUGGUGAUUGUUCUCGAGACCAUCUUCGCUGGCACGGACAAGAAGGCCAAGACUUGGGGUCGCGAGCAGCUUUAUGGGACCAAGGACUCGCUUGACUGGAUGGAAGUCGACACGGCCCGGAAGCUUUUACAGAUUAUCUUGCUGCCCACGCUUGAGGAGUGCGUUCUCAAUGCCGAGCAAAUCACUGCAGUGAUUCAAUCUGUUCUUAGCAGCGGCUCUCGUCAAUCUGUAGACAACGGGGACGCGGACAAAAAGGCCCACGUCUCACAUGCCACUCGGCUUUCCAUUCUGCAGUUUCUUUCCAGCCACGCAGUCCACAGUCCGCUUAUGGCUGUCAAGCUCCGCCUUCUGGCACCCCUCAACCAAGUCAAGAGUGUGUCUGGUACCACGCGGACCCAGCUUCUCCUGCCGCUUUUGAAAUGGUGGUCAUCGGUUUCAGAAACUACGGCUACACAGAUUUGUGUCGAACAGAAGGUGGACGAGAGGACUGUGGACAUUGCGUUCGUGGAUGUCAUUCUUCCAAAUGACAAGCUGGGCUUGGAAUAUCUUCUCGGCGCCGUACAAAGUGCUGGCAUGGAGAAAAGAGAGCAUCUGAUGCGAGUCAUGUUCCAGCGCCUAGAAAAGCUCUGGGAAUCCAUGAAGUCCGAGCCCCGGUACAUGGUUGCUCAGCAGAUGCUCAAUUUGGCCAACAAGGGGUGGGCCGAGGAGCGACCGCUGGUUGCCACUGAAGCCGCCAACCUAUUGAGGAACGUGGAGCUUACGACAGAUAUUCUGCUCUUCUUCCUCGAAAGUCUCCAGCCUGCGGCGAAGAUGGUGACCGAGCCACCGCCUGGCAAGCGCCGGAGGACCUCCUCGUCCGAAGCCCAUCGUGGAAUCGGAACACAAACCACGCCAGAGAUCACUGCAACCCUAAAGCACGUCACAUUUGUUCUUCAACUUGUGGAAGGUUCUGAGCCUGAAAAACACCCGCAGCUUCUCAACCCACUCUUCAAUGCCCUGUCGGAGUUGCAGCACUAUAGGGUUAUUGUUGGAUCCGAGCUUGGGUACCUUCAGAACCUUGUCCUGCGUAGUCUUCUUGCUAUAGUGCCUGCGUACAAGGAAAGCCCUAGCCUCAAAAUUGAUGGAUCCGGUGGGCACGGCGAUCUGCUGGUCAACUGCAUUCAGAAGUCCUCCAGUCCAGCUGUUCAGAGCUCCGCACUGCUUCUGAUUGCCAGUCUCGCUAAGGUGGCUCCAGACUUGGUUCUUCAUAGUGUGAUGCCAAUCUUCACCUUCAUGGGCAGCUCGGUCCUCCGUCAGAACGACGACUACUCCGCACAUGUUAUCAACCAAACUGUCAAGGAGGUGGUCCCGCCCCUCAUUCAGUCCCUUCGCAAGGGCAAGCGCAAUCCUGUUGCGGCGACGUCGGAGCUACUCCUCAGCUUUGUCACGGCUUAUGAGCAUAUACCUUCACACCGUCGUCUCGGCCUCUUUGUCUCGCUGGUGGAGACACUAGGUCCAGAGGAGUUUCUCUUCGCUCUCCUUGCCAUGCUGGCUGAUAAGUACGGUGCAACAGAUCAGGUUUUGACAUUCAGCACAGAGGUGUUCAACAGUUUCUCUGUCGAAACCCAACUGCAGUCGCUGAUCAAACUUCUGGACCUCAUUCGUGACGUAUUCCAGCCUAAGCCUGCGCUGUCAUCUGUCCUCCUGGGUACCAACGAAGAGUCUGAGCGAGACACCCAGAAGAUUGCAACAUGCGAACUCAGCUUGCUUCCGCAGCUGCUUUCGAGCAGGAAACUCAUCUCGCAGAUCAGCAAGUUGGCGGGUCGGGAUGACAUGGAGGCUUCCAAGGUUCGCGAGCUCUACUCCACUCUAUUGGAGGAUCUGCUUGGCCUCGCAAAUUCCUUAAGGAAAAACAAGGCCCUUUACAACCAAUGCAGCGAAGGACUGUCGAAGCUUCUGAAUCUGCUAGCCAUCGGCGAGUUCAUCAAGGCUGUAGAGACCCUGCUUGAUCGUCCCGACGCCGCUCUUCGCCGCAAGGUGUUACGCGCUGUUGAGACACGCAUCGACAAGGAGAAUCAGUCUGAUGCCAGCUCGAGAGCGGCUCUGCUAGCGUUCCUCCCGCAACUCACAGCGAUCAUCAGAACGUCAGACGAUGUCGCUUUCAAGCACAUUGCUGUGGGCUGUGUCGACAAGAUUGCCGAGAAGUAUGGCAAGAAAGAUCCAGAAGCUGUCACUGGCGCAGCGAACACGAUCGCCAGUGACAAGUGCCUUGGCCAAGACGACGAGAAUCUGCGCGUCAUGGCCCUCCUCUGCCUUGCUUCGCUCGUCGAUGUCCUGAAGGACGGUAUCGUUCCUGUGCUGCCGUCCGCCAUUCCGAAGGCACUUGCCUACAUGCAGCAGAGCGUGCAGGCUGAAGAUCCACGGCCAGAGCUCCACAAUGCGGGCUUUGCUUUCAUGACGGCACUUGGACAAUACUUGCCGUACAUGCUCUCAGGCUCCUACUUGAAGCAGCUUUUCACUGUUGCCAGUGCUUCUGCCAACGCUAAUCUCGGCUCUGAGGCCAACAAUGCUCGCCAACAGUGCCUCCACUUUCUGGCGAAACAGCUCGAGGCCAAAACCCUCUUUACCGCCUUGGGCCAGACUUGGACUACUGCCACUGAUUCUGGCUUCCUUGCCGUACGCGAGUAUUUGGAGAUCUUGGGUCUCGCGAUCGACAAGAACACGAAGGGCUCCAUUGAGAAAAACGCGUCUCUGCUGCUUUCUAUCAUCAUGGAUGCUCUCGAUUUGCGGCGCAUCGAGUAUGAGAAGGGCGACAGUGGAAUGAAGAAUGUGGCGCGUAUCGAGGCCAUCGUCAAUGAAGUCUCCCUCAAGAUGAUUUACAAGCUGAACGACGCAGCUUUUCGCCCGAUUUUCACCCAGCUGAUGGACUGGGCCACGACUUCGCUGCCCAAGAAGAACGCUGUGGGCAGGCAAUUGCGCCUGCUCAGCGUUUUCGGCUUCUUGCAUCACUUCUUCGACAACCUCAAGUCCAUCGUUACCAGCUAUGGCACCUAUGUGGUGGAUGCGGCGGUCAACAUCCUUAACACCGCCAAUGUGAAGAAGGCCGAGGAUCGCGAGCUGUGGAAGAAGGUGCUUCAGACGCUCGCGAGUUGCUUCGAGCACGACCAGGAUGACUUCUGGCAAGCACCAACUCACUUCAACGCUGUGGCGCCAGUGCUCACCGCGCAGUUUGCUCACGCAGGCACGACCGAUCUGACGCUGGAUCUGGUCCCCGCCAUUGUCGAGCUCGCCAACGCCGCGGACUCGCAGGAUCACCAGAAGGAGCUCAACGGCGCCCUGCUCAAGCACCUACGCUCCGAGCAAACAGCUGUGCGCCUCGCCGCCGUCAAGUGCGAGCAAGAGAUUACUAACCGGCUCGGCGAGGAGUGGCUGUCGAUGUUGCCUGAGAUGCUGCCGUACAUCAGCGAAUUGCAGGAGGACGACGACGAGGAUGUCGAGCGCGAGACGCACCGCUGGAUUGUGGGGAUCGAGGGCGCUCUGGGCGAGAGCCUAGACGCAAUGCUGCAGUAA